GGAAGACAAGUUCCUGUUGGUAUAACCCCCUGUGGUGGUGUGUGCUAAAACAAACUUUGUUGUGGCGAUGUGUGCGAGAAUGUAAAGUGUUCUACACAGAACAGUUAUUUCCCUUUCUAAAGACCCGCAAUCCAGUUUAAUAAAAUGUGAUUGUGUAAAUCAUAGAUGGGCCAUGUUGAAGCUGAGAUGGCACACACAUAAAUUGUAGAAAAUGAGCACAAUUUAAGAGGAAUUCUUACUGGCCCUUGGAUAAAUUGCAGACUACAAAAUGUUUUAGCUGUUUUCUUCAAGUGUUACCUAAAAUUAGAAGUUUUCCAAUGAGUCAGUGAAGACCAUUCAAAUUUUUGAGAAUACUAGAGUAAAUUUAGAAUGAGCAUAUCGACUCACAUGUGAGAGGAAGGGUUAGUGAAAAGAUCAAGAUCAUUGAUGCUGGAUUUGUUUGGACACAUUGCUUCACUUAUCUCACCUACUUAAUCUUUUAAUCUCAUCUUCCUAAUCCGUUCAUCUUUCCAGCUGACCCGCGUGGUUUUUAAAAUGUCGUGCAGUGGUCGGUAAUCAAUAAAACUGGAGGAAAACGUCACCGCUGACGUCACGCUGACGUUUGACCACGCGCACCAUGAUCACGUGACUGAAAUUGAGUCAAGAACGCUGGUGGAAAAUUUACUGAAAGCUGGGGACCAUCUGGAUGCUCUGGAGCUGGUGGGGAGGGGAGAUCCGCGGUGUGACGCAUUGGAUGACAUGGUUUGCGGCUGGGGCAACUCCACCUCCUUCCCACGGGCGGCGAACUCCGUUUCAAAGAACAACCAAGCGAAGAAAAAACAGCUAAAACAGCAAUCUCCAGACACCGACCUUGCCAAUGCUAGGGUUCGGUGUGUCCAUGAAGACUUUGACUCCCCGAAGGAAAUCUGGAAAGCCAAUGUCGAACCCGGGACGUACAGAUACAUCACCAACAACGGGAUUUACCGAACGAUUAAAAAUAACUUAUCGAAAAAUAACCCCGACCCCGAAAGACGUCAUUCUCAGCGAGAUGGAGAGUUUUUUCUCAACCACGAAAAUCACGAUCAUCCUUACUACGCAAGUGAUCCACACGCGUAUACAAGAAGCGCACCGUUGACUUACUUCAGCAAACAGGGUAGUUCUAGUGUCAACAACGAACCGAAAUACAUUAACCCUACUACGCAUGUUAUCCACGAAGACCUGUCAUGGAAAUCGCCGCUGUGGUAUACGGGAGAACGUGAGUUAACUAAGUUCUUGCACCGUGUGGACAGCGCACCGAGCCUCGGCGCCCGCAACCCGUCACAAGAGCCCCCCAACCCCGCUCAAAAACAAGACCGUAACGCCUUCUCUACGUCCCGCGCGGACACGAUCCUGCGACCUUUAGAGAAACUCACACCCCAACAAAAAAUCGCUGCGCGGCGUGUCGGGCAAGAUAGGAAGGAUAACUCUAAUAAAACAAAACCCGGAAAUGAAGCGGAGGCUGUAUCGUUUAUGGCGGCGUUGAACGCAUUUAAUCAUCUACACAACCAGACGGAGAAGAACGCAUCCCCUGAACUUUUUUCAUUCAUUCAUAACCCCGUGGGAAGAAACGUCGACAGCGAUAUACGGACAUACGUCAGGAACCAUUUGUUGCUGACUCACCCACGAGAAGACAGCGGUGCGAAAAAAACAGCGACGCAGAGUAAAGAAACACACGGCUCAAAAUUUUCAGAUUCGAAUCCUGGCAAGAACAGCAGCGGUUCGCAUAAACAGAAUAGUUCAAAGGGAUCAGGGUCACAGAAGGUCGAGUUCAAAAGUCAAAGUAUAGGCUACGUUCUGGCUCCUUCGGACGCCGGGGAAGAGGCGGUUAGCGGUAUGGCACUGCCGGAAAUUUCCGGUAAACGCAUUGCGGUGAUGGCGACGAGUCACCGAUUGCUUUAGGCUUGUGUUGCUCCGUAAUUUUAACCAACUCUCAUGCAAGACUUUCCCUUUGUUUAACCCUUUACGACAGUCCUAGAGGCUUUGAACGUACAUGCAUCAGACUAACACACCUACAUGGAUUCAUUCAUCUUUAGCUGAGCGUCAAUAUGGAAUUCACAAGUUUGUAAUAUUUGCUCUGUUGUGCAAGAGGUACCUUUAAAAAAAGCAUGUUCCAUACACGAAUUAUCUAUAACUUAACUGAUUUUUCCC